AAAUGUAUUUUUGUUCCUGUGUCAAAGAUAGAUAGCUUAGCUGCUAGCUAAGAGCUAUAGCCACAGGACGGCUGGCUACCUUAACAAUUUACAUCUUAAUUGGCCAAAGUAGCUAAAGUGAAUGAUUUUACCGUUUUGCUUACUUCUACGCACUAAGUGAAAUAUUUUAUUUUAUGUUAAGUCGAAUGUAGACAGUCUAAUCUAGCUAUACUUGGAAAAAGCACAGCUGCUAAGGGGACUAGCAGAUUUCUAUAGCAAGGUAGCGAUAAUUUAGCUAACUUUAUUGCUGUCUUAUUCAACGUAAACCGAUUGGAAUUACUAGCAUAAAGUUAGUGUGUUUAUUAUCAUUUAUUUUACGUUCAGUAGUUAAACAAUCCGCAGCACCGAAACUUGAACUAUUGGCGAAGCUAUAUUCAUAACGUAUCUACAAGAAGACGCUAGCUAGCUAACAGGAUAAUCUAGUAGAUUCUCUUAACGCUGGCUAGCUAGCAAUCUACUGUUUACAGUGGCAGCUAGUUCUAGCCUGAGUGACGUUAACGAAAAUCCAGAUCAAGAAUCUGCUGUCAAAUCGUCCUUCUGUCAGACACUCAAAGUAGCAAAGACAAGCCAUGAAUUCAAAUGUGGAGAAUUUGCCCCCUCAAGUCUUGAGACUGGUAUACAAAGAGGUGUCAGCGCUGGCAGCAGACCCCCCUGAAGGCAUCAAGAUUUAUCCCAGUGAGGAGGAUAUCACAGAGUUGCAUACUGCCAUAGAGGGUCCAGAGGGAACUCCAUUUGCUGGAGGUGUGUUCAGAAUGCGCUUAGUCUUGGGGAAGGAUUUUCCAGCUGCACCCCCCAAGGGUUAUUUUCUGACCAAGAUAUUUCAUCCAAAUGUUGGCCACAAGGGAGAAAUCUGUGUCAAUGUGCUGAAGAGGGACUGGAAGGCAGAACUGGGCCUCAGACAUGUAUUGCUUACCAUUAAGUGCCUCCUGAUCCACCCAAAUCCAGAGUCGGCGUUGAAUGAAGAGGCUGGGCGACUACUUUUAGAGGACUAUGCCGAGUAUGCUUCCCGUGCCCGCCUCCUGACUGAAAUUCAUGCAAUGGGAGGACCAGGAGGGACGUCGGGAAACCCUCAGGAGCCUGCUGAUGGCCCUCAGCCCAAGAAACACGCAGGUGACCCAAACAAGCGCACAGUCGGAGCAGCUGCACCAGCGUCCACUGUUCCUGGGGUCAAUGGUACUACCAGUGGUGGCAGCAGUAGUAGCAAUAGUAACGUAGUUGUGAAGAAGAAAACGGAUAAAAAACGUGCUUUGAGGCGACUCUAGUGCUAAGGUCUUGCUUGUUUGAGUGUGUGUACAUAAAUAUUGAAGUGUAACAGACCACCUUUACCCCCCUUCUUCUUGCAUCUUUCUAGCCCCACUCAAAUAUCCAUGUCCUUAACCAAGUUCAUUAACUUGUGGGUUUUUGACCCCACGUCAUUCUCUGUCUUUGCUGCUACUCUCAGGAUCCUGUUGGUCUUCAAGUGAGGUCACCAAUUCUCUUGCCUCUUUCUCACUGCACAUCAUAUUAAAACCUCGUGUGAGAUGCAGUGUUUAACAUUGAUGCUCAUGUUUCUGAAGUUUCUUUUUCGCUUGUCUGUUAUGAACUCACUGUUGCUGUUUUUAGCCUUUUGAUUCCAUGGAAGAGGUGAAAUUGGAAAAAGCACUGUUUUUAGGAGGUUGCCACUCUGUUUUCAUCAAUGAGGCAGGAUUGUAUGCUGCCCAGUUAGCCUCUUGUCACACCUACCUGGAGCGUUAGCUAUGUUCUCAUCAAUGCUUAUUAAUGCUCUCCCUUUCAAUCAGGCGUGUUGUUAGAGAGGAUACAAGGGUUUAUAGGCUUCGUGAAACUCGGGCGCUAAACAAGAUUUGUCAGGUUUUGUGAUGGGUCAUCCCAGAGGUUGUCUUCAGAAUUAUGCAAUUGCACUGGCCUCAAAGGCUUGUCUAAGACAUGGUCUUUGUUAAUCAACAAAAGGUGGAAUGAAUUUUUAGGAUGUGUACUUUGUCCCUUUCUGUGUGUGUGUGUGUGUGUGUGAUGAAAGAAAGACAUUUUUUCUUAGGAAGAUGUAGAAAUUUGGGAACUUAAAUGUGGUCUGUAUAUUAAAAAAAUCUGUUCAUCUUUUUUUUUCUUUUUUAAAAAGUUUGUUAUCUGUGUGAUUUUGUUAUUUUUGUCUUUUUUUUCAAAGUUAUGGAAUUGUUUUUCUUCCUCAAGUUCAGACCAGGGGGACAAAGAACCGAGGUAGAACUAACCAUGCUGUGACGGGAGCUUGAGACACUCUUGUAUCCUUUCUUAACAAAUGGGGGUUGGCGGUAUCCCCUAUUUUGAGUCAUGCUCUCUGUGACCAGCACCAGGCCAUUUUUAAACCCACGGAGCCCACCUGUGGUGGUCUGUUGUCAAAGAAUUUCUACUUUAUCAGAUAAGACCGUUUUUUAUAUCCCUCCUUUUUGUAUGGAAUGUCCUAUUCUCAUCUCUAUCCCCUUGGUCAUACCUGAAUAAAGUGUCUGUCUCUCGGGAAACAUUCAUCAGCAAAUCAUCUCCCCAUCCUCUUUGCACCAUCGCAGCUCCGUUCUUGGCAGGUUUUCACAAAUUCUAAAUGAUGGGCCUACAUUUCCCAAGGAAACACCCUCUUCCGCAUUUGACUUUGAACUUUGAAAACCUGCUCUGGGAAGCUAGAGCUUACGUGCAAUUCUUUGGACGGGGUAUUUUUGUGUCCGUAAGUUAUUUAAAUUAAUAAUAAAACAUAAAAGUAUGGAAA